UUGGAACAUUCUUGGAAUAUUUCUUGGGUCCGCCAAUGAGACACUUGUAACAAUGAGUCCAAAACUAUGAAUUCUUUUUACAAACGAUUAUGGAGAGAGGUGCACAGGAAGCGGUUCCAAGAGUUACUGCCUCUUCAAGAAAGAACUUUCAAGUGCGAUUUCUUCUAAAUAAAAUCUUUAUUGACUACAAAGACAAGCAAUAUAUCAAGAAGAAAAGCAUUACUGAACUGGGUACAAAGUUUUUGGAGAAUGGUGUUCUCAAUUUUGAACCGAUAGAGUGGAAUUUACUGAAAAACAAAACUAGAAUAGAAAUUUUCUCUAAAUUACUUAACGAUCCAUCCAGUGUUGACGAAACUUUUAAGACAAGAGAUGUUUGUAUGGAUUGGGUAAAAGGAAUUAGCCAUAUAGAUUAUAGGGAAUUCCUAGAAAAGGAGAUUGAAUUUGUGCUUAGUUGUCUUUGUGAUACAAAGUCAGCUUUUCGGGUAUCUGAAAAAUGGUGUCAGGAAAAUAAUUUUAAAACCGAGGACAAUCCAGACGUUACAGAAACAAUAUGUAAAGCAGUGGGAUGGACAGACAAAAAUUCCCUGGUAUCAGAUAUAAAAUAUGAAUUGGAAAGGAGGGCGGAGAAAUAUUGGACAUAUCAGGGAGACUGGGUGACCGCAACACUAAAAGUUUCUGAAGAAAUUAUGUUUAAUCCAGUUUUGUUUGAUUUAUGUGCCACCAAAUUUAAUAAAAAAAUAUCUGUAAUUGCCAAUAUGACAUGUACAGGCAGUAGAGACAUACCCGUCAUAUGUGAGUGUCGGAUAUAUCCAAAGACAGACCUGCAAAGGGAUACUUCAAAUCUAACAUUUAUACGAAGGAACUAUGAAAAAUACGUGUAUGCUGUCGAAGAAAUUGCAUCAAUCGAUUUAUCCAGACUACUAGAUUCUUUGGAUAAACUUCUUGGAACGAAUGACGUAAAAAAGAAGGAAACCCGUUUGGAGAUAGGUCGAAUAUCUAAAGAAGUGAAAGAUUGCCUAAAACAAAUGGAAACAAAGCACUGUAAACUUAUGUCCGAUAAUGAUGAUGUGCAUGAAAGCUUGCAAAAACUCGUUAUAAACAAUAACAAAGUGAUAGAAGAAAAAGAAGGCCUCUUGCUUCAACUAAAAUCAAAGUCUCAGAAGCAAGUAGAUGAGGUCACAGAACUUCAGAAGAAUGUACAGAAACUAACACUUGAAAAUGAAAAAUUGAAAAACACAGAAAUAGUAUCGCUAGAGAAAGAAAUCAAAUCUUUAAGGCAGCAAAUUAAAAAAUUAACUACACAGAAUACCAACCUCAAAUCAAAAUUAGAAAUGUAUGAGGAGGAAAUUGAAGAACAAAAGAGAAAGGAAAAAGAACAAGAUGACAAACUUGCCCAACAAGAUGUAAAACUUGCCCAACAAGAUGAAAAAAUAGCAAAGCAAGAUAAAAAGAUAGCGCAACAGAGUGAUGAAAUUAGAGCUCAAAGUAAUAUGAUUAAAAAUCAAGGUGAACGAAUUUCAAACUUGGAGCAUAAAAUCGGAAGAAGUAGUAGUUCUAGUAGCACUCGGCAAAUUGAAGUAAAAAGUACAUCGUCAGGGUCUGUGAAAUCUGUACCUCACAAAUAGGGAUCUUCUUUUUUUUUUUAAAGAAGACUCUUACUUAUUGACUAGAUAAACAAUUUUAAUUUGAUGAUAUCAAGGCUUGUUCAGUUGGUUUUGUCAAAAUAACAAAAAGUUAAACAUGUAUACAUGUAAUAGA